AUGGCCAAACGCACACUCGACGCGUUCUUUUCAUCUUCGACGACGCCGCCCAAAAGGGCACGCCUGGACAACACGAACCCCUUGCCACCAGUAUCGACAACACUGAAUACCAAUAGCAACAACGUCAAACAGACCGAGGACAGUGUCAACGAUCGCCACGGUCAACCACAAUCACACUCCCACCCCAACCCCGAGUCCCCAAACUCGAACCAAUCCGAAUCUCUACCACUGGCAGCGGCAAUGCCAUUGCCAGUCCAAACCACAAACCACACCACCUAUCCCUGGCCAAUACCCCAUCUCCCACGCCAUAUCGCAUCCGAGCUCGAACUCCAAGUCACAGCCCAGGGCCAAGAAAUACGCAACCGCCCCGACUUGGACCUUUUAUAUUUCCAACCGUUCAUCCCCAAAUCCAUUGCGCGGGAUUUCUUCGAGUUUCUACGGUCUGAAUUGUUUUUCUAUCGUGUAAAAUAUACGAUCAAGCGGUUCGGAAAGGAAACCGUCGUCAACACGCCGCGAUUUACGACUGUGUUUCGAUUAGAUGAGACGAGUCGAUUUAGAUGGUUGGACGAGGCCACGACCACAAUAGUCGAGGCAAAAGCAUCAAAUUCUUCUGUCCCUGUUCCAGUUUCUCGCUCAAAAUACAAAUGCACACCCCGCCCUAUCCCCGAAUGUCUCGACCUCCUCCGCCGCAUCACCGAAGCCGCCACCAACACUUCAUACAAUUUCUGUCUAGUCAACUACUACGCCUCGGGCAGCGACAGUAUAUCGUACCACAGUGACGACGAGUACUUUUUGGGCCGGGACCCGGCAAUUGCGUCGUUUACGUUGGGUGCGAGGAGGGAUUUUUUGAUGAGACAUAAACCGGACAAACGGAAACAGGACGAAAAUCAAAACGACAAUGGAGACGGAAAUAAAGACGGUAAACAGACACAGCCACAGGAUUUGAAGCUGUCUCUCGCCAGCGGCGAUAUGGUUCUUAUGCGUGGACCCACACAGGCGAAUUGGAUGCAUAGUAUUCCGAAACGGAAAGGAGGAGAAGCCGACAGGGGGAGAAUCAAUAUUACGUUCAGAAGGGCGAUGAUUCCGGCGGGGACGGAGAACUAUUAUCGAUAUAAUGUUGGUGAAGGGGGGGUGUUUAGGUGGGAUAGAGAGAAGAGGGAGAUGGUGCCUUGGGAUGGAUCUACUCCAUGA